UAGACGUUGAUUUAUGUUUAAUUUAACUAAAUAUGGUGUGUCCAGGCGCUUGUGCAUACAUUUUGGAAGAGGGUGGGGGGCUAAACUGUGGCUAGCGAAAUUUAUGAGGGGUUGUGAGAUGCUUCCCCAGAAAAGUAUUGAAAAAAAAGAGAACAUUUGCUUGAUCAAGAGGAGGGUUUAACUGUCGUAACCCACCCUCUGCACAAGCCCCUUUCUUUAAGCUGUCAAACUCGAGCCGAGUUUCGACGUACCCAUGGCCAACGUCAGCGUCAAGGAGGGCAAAACGGCGGUGUUGCCGUGCUCAGUCAAGUUCCUCGGUCGACAUCAAGUGGUGUGGACGGACCAGUGGUCGACCCUGCUGACGUUCGAGGACCGCCGCAUCAUUGACGACGAACGCAUCAGCGUGGAGCGGCCGUACACGGAGGACUGGAACAUGCACAUCCGGUCCGUGCGUUACAGCGACCAGGGCAUCUACAACUGUCAGGUGAACACCAGUCCCGUGAAGAUCAAAACGGUCGACCUCAAGGUGUUCGUUCCUGCCAAGAUUUUGAACCACCAGGCACCAAGCAACAUCGUCGUGAGAGAGGGCGACACCGUCACGCUGGCCUGUAACGUUACCGGCAUCCCCAUGCCGACAGUCAAGUGGCUGAGGUACACACUCAAACACAACCGAGGCAAAACAGAAGUUCAGUUUUGCAAAGGAACAAACAAGAUAGGUAUGAACGGUGAAGUGUUACUCAUAUACAACAUCAGCCGGCACUGUGGAGACGCAUACGAGUGUGUGGCUGAUAAUGGCGUCCCUCCGUCUGUCAGCAGGCUUAUCGUCGUGUCCGUUGAGUUCCCACCCUCGGUGAAUCUUCCGAACAAGCGAAUUGGUCAGGUGUGGGGUAAGGAGACGAUACUGGAGUGCCGGGUGACCGCCUUCCCCCAGGAGAUCACCGUGUGGACGCGCAACCGCACGGCCCUCGCGAACACCGUCAAGUACCGCAUCGAGAUCUACGACGAGGGCGACAACACCCUCACCCUCAGUCUGCGGAUCAGAAACCUGCAGCCCGCCGAUUUCGGGACCUACGUGUGCGAGGCGUCCAACAGACUCGGCAAGGACACACAGAAGAUGGAACUUUUUGACUACACUGCGUAUAGAAUAACAUCACCAACAGUCGCCAAGACGACGUUGCAACCGUGGUUCAACAUCACCACAAACAUUAAAUAUGCGCCACGGACUCAGUUUUCGAAAAAGAAUUCCAUGGGGAAAAGUGUUGUGGGCGUGGUUAACGAUAGCCCCACCCCGAUGUCCACUCAAAGGAGCGGACAAAAAGCACCGGGUAAAACCUUGUCAGCUCCGCCCAUUUCUCAACAGAGUGGCAUGACUGGUUUGUGCUCGGGCAGUUUGAUGCCGAUUUGUAGGUGUUUUAGAUCAGUCAAGUAUCCGGCUUUAGGUCCUUCAGUCUACGUCACAGCGGAUUUGCCUAAUUUACGGACUAAAAUUAUUGUUUAGAAUGUAAAUGUUUCU